ACACAGACUCUAUUAUAUAUAAGAUAUAAGAUAUAUACAGUCUAUGUGGUUUAGAAAGUCAAAGUUUAGAGCUCAAUGGCAAGGAGUUCCAGAUGUCCUCCGACACGCUGGAGGGCGCUGUUGCAGUCUCACACCGCGCUAACGUCCCGUCUGUUGCCGGAAGUAAAUCUCACUUUUCAAAGGAAAGGCAUGCGAGUUUGUUUGGAUCUCCAUGUGACACCGACUUCGGACCAGACCCCCUGGAAACUGAACGACAUCUCCAAGUACACUCACAGCCGUCAUGGGCAAAAAAGGCAAGAAAGAAAAGAAGGUGAAGGGAGCCGAGAAGACGGCUGCCAAAAUGGAGAAAAAGGUCUCAAAGAGGUCCAAACGAGAAGAGGAGGAUUUGGAGGCUCUGAUUGCUGAGUUUCAGAAUCUGGAUGCCAAGAAGACCCAAGUUGUAGAGACAACAUCGCCUCCAUCACCAAGAUUGAGUGCGUCUCUCUCUUCCCAUCCUGAGAAAGAUGAACUCAUCCUGUUUGGGGGAGAGUUCUUCAAUGGAAAGAAGACGUACCUGUACAACGAUCUGUUUUUCUACAACAUCAAGAAGAACAGCUGGGUUAAAUCAGACAUCCCCAACCCUCCUCCCCCCCGCUGCUCUCAUCAGGCGGUGGUAGUUCCCCAGGGUGGGGGUCAGCUCUGGGUGUUUGGCGGAGAGUUUGCCUCUCCUAACGGUGAACAGUUCUACCACUACAAGGACCUUUGGGUGCUGCACCUGGCUACACACACCUGGGAGAACAUCAAGGCGCCUGGUGGUCCUUCAGGUCGCAGUGGCCACAGGAUGGUCCUCAGCAAGAAACAGCUGCUGGUGUUUGGAGGUUUCCAUGAGAGCACCAGGGAUUUUAUCUACUACAACGACGUGUACUCUUUCUCCCUGGACACCUUCUCUUGGUCACGCCUUACUCCGUCGGGCACCGCCCCCUCCCCACGCUCGGCCUGUCAGAUGACCUCCACGCCUGAUGGCACGGGUGUCAUCAUCUACGGGGGAUACUCUAAAGUGAGAGUGAAGAAGGAUGUAGAGAAGGGAACCAUCCACUCUGACAUGUUUCUUCUGAAGCGAGAGGGCAAAGAUGGCCAAGAGAAGUGGUCGUGGUCCAGGUUGAACCCCUCUGGUAGCAAGCCCCCUCCUCGUUCGGGUUUUUCUCUGGCCGUGGCACCAGCGGGGCGGGCGGUACUGUUUGGUGGGGUUUGCGAUGAAGAAGAGGAGGAGUCACUGGAGGGCGACUUCUACAACGACCUCUACUUCUAUGAUACCGUGAAGAACCGAUGGUUCCCCGGCCUGCUCAGGGGAAAUAAGUCGGAGAAGAAGAAGCGACGGAGGGGGAAGAAGGGUGGAGCCGAGGGAGAGGGAGCAGAGAAGGAGGGGGAGGAGGGGGCGGCGGCAGCGGCAUCUCAAGCACCCACUGAGGUCAUCAAGGAGAUUGUGACCGAGGACGGCACAGUGAUGACCAUCAAGGAAGUGAUCCCAGGAGCUCAGGAGGAGGAAGAGGAAGAUGAGGAGGAGGAGGAGGAUGGUUCAGCCUCGGCCCCCUUGGUGGAGCCUUGCCCGAGGUCCAGUGCCAUGGCAACAGUGCGUCAGGGCAAGCUCUUCCUAUACGGUGGGAUGUUCGAGGUUGGCGACCGCCAGUUCACCUUGAACGACUUCUACUGCCUGGACCUCCACAAGAUGGACCAGUGGGAGGUUCUGGUUGAAAUGGACCCAAAGACACAGGAGUGGCUCGAAGAGUCUGAGUCAGAAGAUGAGGAGGAGGAGGAGGAGGAGGAGGAGGCGGCGGCGGCGAAAGGAGCAGAAGAGGAUGAAGAGUCUGAAGAGGAAAGCGAGGAUGAGGAAGAUGAAGAAGAGCACCCCGCAGUGCAGGAGGGAGAGACAGUGACGGAUUACCAGCUCCGUACAGAGCAGUACUGGGUGGGACUGGCACGUGCCAACAUGGGCUCCGAAGCCAAGGACAAAAAGGUCGCCAAGGUUGCCCUCGCCAUGGCAAAGGUCUUCUAUGAAGACCAGUAGUGGGAGACGCCAAACUGUCUGAGCGACUGUGUGUGUGUGUGUGUGUGUGUGUGUGAAAUUUGUUUGUAAUUACCUUUUUACAAAUCAUGUCAUUUGAACAGUACUGCCAGUAAUUCAGAAAUUCAAGUGAAAUCUCAAAAAACCCACCAACUGAUGAAAUUUGAAUAUAUGGACUGUUUUAGACGUAGUAUAAUGGUUUGUUGAGCAUAACGCUUUUCAUUCAUUUUCAUUUAAAUAACUCUAUUCUGCGACUUCACAAAAUAAUAAAUAACUAAUAAUUAAAACUAAAUUGCUGCUGUCAAUUUUGAGGCCAGUGUUGUAAAGCAGAAAUUAGUGUUCAAAGGAGAAGUUGAGCAUUGAAAUUAAAUUGCAUGUGGUUUUGGAGUUAAAACAGCAGCUUAGUUGGGGGGGGGGUGUGUGAGAGCAAAUGUAAUUAUUAUUACAGGCCUAAAAUCCAAUCAAUAAAGUCAAAGUGGGUGUUUUAUUUGUAAACUUGUCAGAUUUAGCACAGAGAGCUGUGUUGCUACACAGACCAGAAGUACCAGAGGUUGUUUUUUUUGCUUAAUGGUGGGCAGCAAAACAUACUGUACACAUAACAAUGACAUUAUCAUCUUAUAAAGUUGAGAUGGGGAAUGUGUUGGCAGACAGUUGUGUAUUUCCAUGUCUAGCACAGUGACAUCCAUUUGAAGGUGUGUCUCUGGCAGCCUGAAAAAAAAGUCCAAUAAGAACUCCUGAGAAACAUAUCAAGCUAUUUAGCUGCUAAAUGCUCCACAACGUUCACCAGCUAGGAUGUUAUGUGGUGCGGGUCAGGUUGUGUAAAGUGGGUUUAUCAGUGCCUUUUUUUUUUUUUUUGGUGAAAACAGCUGCCUGCUGCUGCUGGGAACAAGGGACCUUAAUCAUUUCUCAAAUUUCUGCCUCCUCAGUCCUCGAGGAGACGCUAGGAGAGAGGAGUCGAAGAAACAGGAAUUUAACGAAAUGAGAUUUCCUUUCCUCGGAGCUGUGAUCUCUGUCAGAGCAGCAGACCAGCUUUUGGCCCUAAAGACUACAGAUAAUUUCUUCACAAUCCAGAAACAUGUCUGUCAACAUUAUAUAUCAGUGGAAACAUCUCGAGGUUCCAAUAAACAUUAAUAAUCAUUCACAAGGCUGCACAGUACUACUUUUUUUUUUGCGGUGCGCCUUUUGCCUGUAAACAGGAGAUCAUUUCAACCCUCAGCCUGAUGAGAUGAGCGUUUCAUCAUCAGUCCCUUUACAAAAUGACAGUAAUAUUUAUCUCAUAUUGCCCUAAGUCAUUACAGGACACUACUGUUGGAAUGACGUGCAGACUACAUGGGCACUAUUAUUAUUAUAACAUGAAACACAGCAGAUCAGGUCUGUAUGCUCUGGUUCAUAUUACAGCCUAAUAUUUUGACUUCAGCAGCUCUUUGAACUGUUUUGUCACGGUUAUAGCAGCUGAAUUGGUGUGAUGGGCGGAUCGGCUCGGACAUUAACAGAACUCAUAUUUAUAUGCAUAGUCUAAAUCAUCCAUCCGCCCCCCCACCAGCUAAUUAUUUUAUCAGAUUUAGAGACCAGCACCUGUAUGGGCAUUUUAUCUCGCCUCCACCGGCCAGGCGAUUUCUUUCUUGUGUGUUAUAUUGAUGUAUCAGCGUUUUCUUUAACGAUUUACUUUGAUGAUUCGAGAGGCUGCUGUCAUUCAUUUAAACGUUUCCAUCCGUGCAGUAAUGUCACAGCAAAUAUCGUGGGACAAAACCUGCAGUAAAAGGCUAAACUUGACAGGACAGACAGAGAAAACAGGGGGAACAGAAUUAAACUUUCAGCUUCUAUAAUCCAGAUGGAGUGCAGGAUUGAUCAGGAGGACGGCUGCUUUACUCCAGUUUCACACCGGUUGUUCACUAAUGGAUUGUAUUUUUCAUUGAAGCAAUUUUCAUUUUGAAAAUCAAAUAUAAAUUACACUUCAUAGUUAUGUUAUCCUGGUUGACUCUGCAAUUGGAAUAUAAUUCUAAAUGUAUUCAUAUAGCCUACCAUCCAUUUACCAUCCAAUGCUACAAUAUCAAUAUGAACAUCUCUAACUACCAAAUGACUUAAAUGAUGCACUAAUUGAAGGUUAAUUUGUCUCUCUAUAUAAUAAGGUCAGCUGGGAGUGUGAUCUUUUGGAUGUCUUACCACGUCGGGCCCUUAGAAGAGAGUCGACAGCGUGUUGAUAUAUUGGCAGAGACAGAUGAAAGGUGUUCAUGGUUUAGACUACCACGGGCGGUUUUCAAGAUGUGAAACUUUUUCGAGCCGUUACUUACACAGAUACACGAUCCAAGCCGACUUUCCAUUAAUUCCACUGCUGAUGCUGAUAAAAAUGAUAGACUUUCUUUUAUGAAGCUCCAAAAGCAGGACUCAUAGCUCUUCUUUUACUCUUGGAUGCCAUUUUAAUGAAUGAACACGUCCGGACAUAUGGGACAGGACGCGUAGCCUUAUACACCCAAGGGUAACUAUAGUGUCUGAACAAGAUAAACAGAUAACUAAAACAUUUAACAGUGGGAGAUAAUUGUGGAGAAAAGCCUUGAGCCACAGUGGAAGCUCCUUACUCGCAGGACAGGAAGUAUAAGACUAAACAAUCUCACACAUGUUCAUUCUAUCUCAAACCCUGGUACACAUAGUGUCAAGUACAUAAGAUAAAGACACAUGCAGGGUUAUAUAGGUAAAGUACAUAUAGGUAAAAUCAAUUUCCUGUCACAACAAAGAGGUGGCACACUCGUACGAGCCCACCGUACGGAAUAAAGUCAGAGAAAGUUAAGAAUACGAAAAUGUUCUUGAGGCCCAGCGAGCUGAAAGACGCUGAAACAUUCUGUAGAGCUGGGGGAUAAAUCUCUUUCGGUUUGUCACAACCAGCGACACCUCUCACAUUACUUAUUAUUUGAUGCAUUGUUAGUAUAUUAAUUAGUGCAGCUUUAAGGCCCAUUGGUGAUUAAACGGGUUAUUAUCUUUUGCUUAUGCUCCCAUGUAUCCACAAGUAGUUGUGUUUCCUGCUGCCACAGAACGCUGUUCCCCAGUUUACAAAAAACAUGGUCCUGUUGUGCUCACGACAGCUUAGAAAUGUGGUGAUACAAAACUGGAAAGAAAUACAAAUUAACCUGAUUAUGCAUCAGAAUAAUGGAAAUGGUUAAUGGAAAAAAUAAUUAAACCACAGUCUGCAAAUGUCAUCUGCUGAAUCUCAUUUUCAACACUGAAUAUUCCCAAAUAAUUUUGAAUAAAUCCAAUAUCCACACUCUA